AUGUAUAAAAUUAUUAAACAAUCUUUAUCUAGCCAUUCAGCAUUUAGAUCACAAAUCCUUUUAAAUAAUUUAAAUAAUAAUAAUAAUCAUUUUAUUAAAGCAUUCUACAGUACAUUCAAUUUUAAAGAUAAUACAAGCAUUGAUAAACAAAAUUUGAAAAAAUUAAUAGAAUCAAACGAAAAGAACUAUGUAUUAAUAGAUGUCAGAAAUCCCGUAGAAGUCGAAACUACAUCUUUAAUCCCAACUGCUAUACAUAUUCCACUUGGUAUUUUACCUGCUGCUUUAUCAAUGUCAGAUGAAGAAUAUGAAGAGUUUUAUGAUAGAAAAAAAUUUAAAAUUAAUGGAAAAAGAUCAGAAGCCGCAGCUGAUUUUGCAAGAGGAAUGGGUUAUAGAUCAGUUAUAAACUACCCUGGCUCAUAUGAAGAUUGGGUUUCAAAUUAA